AUGGGUGGCUCGAACAGCGAUGGCUCCCUCAGCAGGCUCCAACUUCAAGACCGCUGGACAGACAUCUACCGUACCAUAAAACCAUAUCUACCGCCAGUCAAUUUUAUCACCGUCCACCAUGCGUACUUUGUCUUUGUCGGAUUGAUAAUCUCUGCGAUUUUCUUCGCAUUGGCCGACAGAGAGGAGUUUAAAACGCUCAGCUUUGUUGACUCAUGGUUCCUCAUCAUGUCUGCGUUCACUGGCAGCGGCCUGAACACUGUCAAUCUGAGUGAGCUGGUCGUUGCCCAGCAGGCAAUCUUGUUCGUCAUGAUGGUCAUUGGCAGUCCCGUUCUGGUGUCUCUUUUCACCAUUUGGUUCCGCGUCCGUAUUUUCGAAAAGCGUUUCGACCGCAUCGUCGAAGCCGAAAGGGAGCGUCGCCGACGCAAGCGCGCAACUGGUGCCAUGCUUGGCAUGGCUGGGGCCAUGGCCGGCCUGCCAGUAAUGUCGACUUUUGGAGCGGGUUCCCGUCCUCCCCCUCAAUCUCCCCAGGAACGUGCCAAGAACGAUGCCUUUGAGCUUUCAAAGCCCAAAUCGCCAAGGCCAGGUGAUAAAGACGGUUUCCAAGUCGAGUCGCCCAAGUUAUCCCCAACGACAAACCCGACCGCGAUGGCGAUGCACCAGCAGUUGGCGGCACUGCAGAGCAACUUCCAGGAGGAUGGCGCAGUUCCCUCGUCACCUGGUCCCAGGCCUGCGCCUUCGACCGGCCAUAGCCAUCGUCACCGACCGCCUAUGUCUCCCCUCGCGCGCUCUGCUACUAUUAGGGCUGGAACCACUGAGGCGACAGGAGAGACUGGUUUCGACUUUAGGACUUUUGUUCGCACACACAAACAUUCCAUCGGCCGCAACGGCCAGUUUUUCGAUCUUGACGACGACGAGCGCGAGUAUCUCGGAGGAGUCGAAUACCGUGCCCUGAAGCUAUUGUUCGUGAUAGUUGCCAUCUAUUUCGUUGUUUUGCAGAUCCUGGGAGCCAUCACGCUGGGCGCCUGGCUUUCCGUCCACGGGCGAACAGCUACGGCGGUCAAUUCUCAAGAUCCAUGGUGGUCCGGCAUAUUUCUAGCUAUUUCCUCCUUCAACAAUUGCGGGUUGACGUUGCUCGAUGCUGGCCUAACCGCCUUUGUCGACGACGCAUUUGUGCUUACCAUUGUUACUUUACUCUCAUUUGCCGGCAACGCCGCUUUUCCUGCCUUUAUCCGAGGCACCAUCUAUCUGGGACGUCUCUUUUUUAAGCACAUCAUUGCCCGCCACGGCCCCGAGUCCGACGAGUACGGCGCUUGGGAAGAAGCUUUCGAUUUUAUUCUCAAAUACCCGCGACGCCUCUUUAUGCUCAUGUUCCCCUCAAAGGCCAACCUUGCCUUUGUUUCUUUCUUUUCAACAGUUGUCAUUGUCAACUGGAUCGGGCUCCUUGUCCUAGGCUUAGGAAACUCGGUACUGGACGUCUUUCCGUUGGCCAAGCGCAUCGGCGUGGCGCUCUUCCAGGCUACGACGACGCCCUCUGGUGGUUUCGCAGUCUUUUCGAUAUCUGGCCUGUGGUUCGACGCCCAGGUGCUUUUACUUAUUGUCAUGUAUCUCGCAGCGUAUCCCGAGAUUAUCGUGAUGCGUAAUUCUAAUGUCUACGAAGAGCGGUCGCUCGGUUUAUAUUCUACUGCAGAGGCCGCGAAGCAGGAGGAAGAGGAAGACGCCGCUGACGAGGCUGCUGCGGCGGGGAUGACGGACAUCGUUCCACAGCUCUCGGCGAACUCUAUGUCCCACGCCAGCGGCAUUUCGGCGAAGCCCAAGAUGACAACAACCACCAUCAAAACGCUGGCGCACGUCGGCCGGCGCGGCACCGCGUUCGUAGGCAAGCAGUUGAAGCAGCGCAUAAGCGACUUUCAGGGCGUAGGCAUCGACAACGCCGCAGCACGCCGCCGCUCACAGGCUGCCGCGUCCCUUCCAGUCAUCGUCGGGAUCAAGCGGUCCAAAAGCAUCCAAUUUGAACCACCGCCGGCCGCUACGGCAGCAUCCGACGGUAGCGUCAGCCUAAUUUCGCAGCACCUCCGCGGACAACUGGCGCACGACGUAUGGUCCAUCGCGCUCGCGCUGUUUGUGAUCACCAUAAUCGAAACCUCGCACUCAAUACUUGACCCACGCACGUUCAGCGUGUUCAACUUUCUCUUCGAGAUUGUUUCGGGCUACACAAACAUUGGAAUAUCGGUUGGCCUGCCUGACCAAGCAUACAGCUUCUCUGGCGGCUGGUAUGCCGGCAGCAAGGUAGUAAUGGUGCUUAUGAUGAUCAGGGGACGGCACAGAGGCCUACCCGUUGCGCUGGACCAUUCGGUCAAGCUCCCAGGCUGGGAUGACGUGGCAAGGGAGGAACAGGACGCAGAAAUCCGGAGGAGUCUCAGCAUGGCUCGUGCCAGUAUGGAAAAUAAUGGUCAACAAGUCGUUUAUUAG